AUGGGCGCAGAUUCCCUUGGUUGGUCUUGUGAACUACAAGCAUUCGGACAUAUCGACCGAGGCGUCAUGUGCGGCCAACUUGCCAUCCCCGGCUGCAGGACGCUUCAAAGAUUUCUGCGACUUUUCGAAGGAUACUUCAACGACCUCCAACCCCCGGCCCUGAAGGGUUUGAGCAGUCGGUGGACGAACAUCCCGACGUCGAAGAUUGGAUGUAUGAGGGACUCAUUAACAGCACAGGAGCAGGCGAACUGGAUGGCAAAGAUACGAGCUGAGUGGAACAGACUUGAGAGCAUCAUGCCCGAAGUCUCAAUUGAUUCAUACAUAUCGAGAACUACACCGGCGUAUCUCGGGCUCACAGACAACUUUUACCUCUCGUUGGGCAUCUCGCGAAGAGCAGAGGAGAAGAUUCUUGGCAACGAUAUUCUCCACUCUCCAUUUCUCGCCAUCGUCAGUUCUCCGAUUUUGGAGAGCUCUACAGACCUACCUGCUGGAGGCCAAAAGCAGUAUUGGGCCUUGGGACCGUAG